AUGUCUGUCUUCACCAAGGAUGCCUUCACCAUGUCUGCCCUCCCCUCCCCCUCCCCCUCCCAGCCCCCCUCCACCGCCCCCUCCCGCCGCGGCUCCUUCGCCAACCCCUCCCUCGCCUCCGGCCAGAUGACCCCUUCCACCGACCCCCACAUCGUCUCCAUCAACGUCGAGUCCGUCCUCUUCGACAUGGACGGUACCCUCAUCAACUCGUCCGGUGCCGUCGUCAAGGCGUGGAACCUCUUUGCCGAGACCUACACCCUCGACCUCGACGACAUUCUCAGGUCCGCCCACGGUAUGCGAACCAUCGAUGUCCUCAAAAAGUGGUGCAAGAUCACAGACCCCGAGCUCCUUGCCUCGGAAGUCAUCCGAUUCGAGACUGCCAUCCUCAACGCCGCCGAAGAGCUCGCCAAGAGCGGCACCGGCGGUACCGGUAUCGAGGUCCUCCCCGGCGUCAAGAACCUCCUUACCCAGCUCAGCGCCGAUAACGACAAGCGCGACGGCGAGGAAAAGUGGGCCAUCUGCACCUCAUCAACCUACUUUUACGCCGGUAAGGCUAUCCCCAUCGCUGGCUUGACCACCCCCAAGGUCUUUGUCACUGCCGACUCUGUCACCCGAGGAAAGCCCUUCCCCGACCCCUACCUCCUCGGUGCUUCUGGCUGCAACGCCUCUCCUUUCGAGUCCCUCGUCGUCGAGGACGCCCCCACCGGUAUCCGAUCCGGUAAGGCUUCCGGUGCCCUCGUCCUCGCUACGUGCACUUCCCACGAGCGCCACGAGCUCGAAAAGGAAAACCCCGACUUCCUCGUCGACGACCUCUCCCACGUCAAGGCCACCUGGGACACCGCCACCAACACCUUCAACCUCAUCAUUGAGCAGCCCGUCGACCGAUACGCGCCCCGCGCCACCCCUGACGUGACCCCCGUCAUCACCCCCGCCAUGUCGAGGGCCAACUCGUUCUCGGGUGUCGGCCAGGACCGCCCCAACUUUAAGAACAACCAGACCAUCUCCAAGGCUAGCGAUGAGCUUACGGGCAACGACUCUGUCGUUGGGUCGCCUGCUGCCUCCAGGCCCGGGUCUCCCGAUGCCGAUGGAGAGAAGCGAGCAGAGCUCGAGUUCCACCGAAGAGCCUCUCAGUCUGGCUCUGGUGGUGUCACCCUCGACAACUUUAGAAAGGCCCUCGCUGGUAACGCUGCCAAGAGGAGAGCCCAGGGUGACGAAUAG